GCUAAAAACUGGGGCUGCGCGCUAUAACUGCUCGCUAAUUUGCGCAUUGCAUCUAUAACUUUGCGCUGCGGCACCUGCCGUGACCGCUGGCAAGCAGUCUGCAGGCAGCAGCCGAUCCCAAGCAAGCGUGCAAAACGGCGCCGCCGGAGAAGCGCAAACGCCGGACCUCAGGCAUGGUGGACGACAACGGCGCGCCAGCAGCGCCGCCGGCGCGGCUGGAAGAGCUGCGCGCGCUGGUCGACGACGCGCUGCGGGGCGACUGCGCGGCGACGGCGGUCUGGUACGCCGACAAGCUCGCGACGCUGAGCCGGGGCGCCGUCGAGGACGAGCUGCGCCUCGCGCGCGCCUACGCCGCGGGCGGCGACCCCGCGCGCGCGGCGCGGCUGCUCGAGGCGCGCCUCGGCGCGGGCCCCGGCGCGCCGCCGCGGCCGCUCGUCGCGCAGUUCCGGCGCGGCGAUCGAAGUUCGACAGCAGCACCAGAGCUGCGCGCGCGGCUCCUCGCCGCGCGCUGCCUCGCGCGCUGCGGUCGCCACCGCGAGUGCUGCGAGACGCUGGAGCCGGCCCUGCGCGACGUCGCGGCGGCCGACGACGGCGCGCUGCCGCGGGCGGGCGGCGGCCCUCCAGCGGCUGCGGCGGCACCUGCGGGCGUCGACCUCGCGGCGGCGGCGUGCGCGUGCGUCGGCGCGGCCUACGAGGCCCUGGAGAACCGGCCGCGGAGCGUCGCGUGGCUCGUGCGGGCGCUGAGGCUGGACGCGGGCUGCGCCGAGGCGUUGGACUUCGUCGUGGACCGGCGGCUGUUGUCUGCGGACGAGGAGGCGUGGCUGCGCGACGAAACGGCCGCGGCGCUCGAGGGUUCCGAUAGGGCCUGGGUCGCGGCGGUCUACGGCGCGCGCCUCGGGUGCCGGGACGCGGACCCGGCCGGCGACGCGGCGCGCUUCGAGGCUUUAGAGAGGGUCCACGGAUUGGGCGACAACCAGGAGGUGUUACGGGCGCGGGCGGAACGGUGCUACACGGCGCACGAUUAUAGAGGAGCCUACGAGGUCGCGCGGCGCGUGAGGGAACGGGACCCCUACGACUUUGGCUGCGCGCCGGUCUACCUCGCGUCCUUGGUCGAGCUCGGCGCGAAGCACGAGCUGUUCAGCACGGCGCACGAGCUGGCCAAGGCCUACCCUCAAAAAGCUUGUUCGUGGUUCGCCGUCGGCUGCUACUACCUACUGGUAAAAAAGAACGACCAGGCCCAGCGCCACUUCCACAAGGCCUGCAAGCUCGCGCCGCGCUUCGCGCCGGCCUGGAUUGGCUUCGGCAACGCCUUCGCGGCGCAGGACGAGAGCGAGCAGGCCAUGGCCGCCUACCGCACCGCUUCUAGGUUAUUUCAAGGGUCGCACGUGCCGCUGGCGUACAUCGGCAUGGAAUACCUGCGGACGAACAACCUGCCGCUGGCGAAGCACUUCCUGCGGGGCGCGAAGAAGCUCUGCGCGUCGGACCCGCUCGUGGCGAACGAGCUGGGCGUCGUCGAGAUGCGGCAGGGUCUCCUGGACGACGCGUGCCGCACGUUCCAGGAGGUGCUGCGGUUGCUGGAGCGCCUGCCGGAGCGCGCGCCGCUGCGGCGGGCCUGCGCGGCGUCCGUCUUCAACCUCGCCCAGUGUUAUCGCAAAAGGCGCCGCUUCGAGGACGCGGCGCGCGCCUUCGGCGUCGCGCUCUCGCUCGAGCCGGGCGACGCGGCCGCGCGCGGCGCGCUCGGCGUCGCGCUGCACGCGCUCGGCGGCGCGCACGUGCACCGCGCCGUCGAGUGCUACCACGUCGCGCUGGCCAUGCGGCCCGACGACACGUUCUGCUCGGAGAUGUUGAGUCGGGCGCUGCGCGACGUCGCCAGCGUGGACUUCGACGACGCGGCGCUGCUCGCCGAGCACCGCCUUGCCGCGGCGCGAAUUGAUGACGACGACGAUGCGGCGAUGGCGUGA